GAAGUUGCACAGUUACCCGACAAGCACAUUUUAUCAUAAACUAUUGCAGAAUCCAGACUUACGUAAGACCAUCAGGAAUGUCAAUCGCACCUGCGCACUUUGCACGACUAAACGACGCAAGUCGUCAGUAGGAAGUGAUGUAAGUGAUGGAUUCUGCAAAGAGUAGUGGGAAUUGGAGUUGGAAUGUGUUAACUGCAGGGAUUCAGUGCAGGGGUUACGUGUUUUUAAAUACGAACACACUUUAAAAACAUGAAACGUCAACGGAAUAAGUGUCAAUUGAUUAAUCAAAGAGCUUUAGCGAUAAAAUGGACAACUCUCAUCUGAAGUAAUCGAACGUUGAGCGCGAUGAACAAGCUCGCCUAUGUUUAGAUCAAGUUGCAACGAAGUUUAAAUGAAGGAUAGCUAACUACCGACAAUAAAAUAAGAAAACGACUUUGACUUGGUCAUAAAAACUAUAGGUGACAGAACGAAAGGCUUUUUUUUCAGAACGAAAGGCUAUUAAUAAGCCUAGCCUGGAUCUAGUCUUUAGACUGUUGUUUGAGAUCAUUGCUUGUAACAUACCGUGAGUUUACGACUACCCUCAGUUUGAAACUACAAAAUGUUUAAAGACAGAAAACACGCCUAGGUUCUGAUAAUAACAACUAAGUCUGUCAAUCUCUGUAAACAACUAUGAAGCCUAGACACAUCUGACGAUUCACCUCCUGUUGUGAUGAAUGGCGAAACAGAACUUCAAAUCCCACAAUGCAUUGCUACAUAGUUGUGUAAGUUUCCAGCGUCUUCCAGGAGAAACUCUUCGGGGGCGCAGGCUGUUGUUGAGAAAACAUAAAGUCUGGAAAGAAACAAUACAAUAUCGUUAAAGUUAUUAGCGAUUUCACUCCUUCGGGAGAAAAGGACACGAUUGUGCACUGGGCCCUUUACGGUUGACCAAAACGCUGUAUUGGAGGGAUUUGAGACCGUAAAAAGAAGAGGGGCCUGUCAAAUAUGUCCUCCUCUUCACAGGCAUCUUCCAGGCGGCAAUGGUGCUACCUCUGCGAUUUGCCCAAGAUGCCUUGGGCCAUGAUAUGGGACUUUAGCGAAGCCGUAUGUCGAGGAUGCGUGAACUACGAAGGUGCGGACAGAAUUGAGCUCCUUAUUGAGACGGCGCGGCAGCUUAAGAGAACACAUGUAAUGCAGGAUGGCCGAUCCCCUGGCCCUCAGUCUGGUAAACAUGGUCCAGGUGGAAAAGAUGGCCCCAUUGACGGUGGCAGGCAGCCGCCAGAGCGUUAUGAAAGGGCAAGAGGAGAUUAUGGGGUGCCUGCACGUCUUCCAAAUGGACUUCCCAGACUUGAAGACGGGGUUCCCCAAGAGGUUAGUAGACAGAGCCCCAAUGCCAGAAGCAGGGCUAUGGUGGGCACUGUCCCACCCAACUUAAUGGCACAGGGUCUAGUUGGUACCACACAUGGCUUGCUGGCUGCCAUGCCAGGCUUGAAUGCCAGGUCUGGAGCAACCUCCUUAACCAUCUCCACCCCCAUCCUGAAUGAGAUCAGCAAGCGUCAGGCACUGGGGAUGGGCAUGGGGGUGGGCGUGGCCCCCUUCAUCAGUCCUGAGAUCGAGAAGGAGCUGAAGGAGAAGCACCGUAAUGUGGAGGCACUGAGCGAGCUCACGGAGACCGUCCGCAACCGUGCGGACGACUGGGCUGGGCGGCCCAAGCCCAUCCGAGACACCCUGCUCACCCUCUCCAGCUGUUCGCCGUUCAACGUGCGCUUCAAGAAGGACCACAGCCUGCUGGGCCGCAUUUUCGCCUUCGACGCCAAGGUGGGGCCCGAGACAGAGCUGAAGGUGUUCGUGGAGUACCCAUGCGGCUCAGGUGUGGUUUUCUCCAGCCUGGUGAUGCUGGUGAAGCAGAUGUUCCACGACUGCCAGAAGGACGCCGGCAAGGUGAUCACUUCGGGCUACAAGUAUGUGGAGUAUGAAAAGCGCCACGGCUCUGGCGACUGGCGCCUGCUCACCGAGCUCCUUAGCGACGCCGUGCGCACCUUUAAGGAGGCCCCCAACCCCGACGCCCUCCCACAGCCUUACCUGGACGCCAGCUGUGCCAUCCUGCCCACCUCACUCUGCCAAAUGGGCCGCCCAGGGAUGUCAAGGGUCCGCAGGCGCAAGGCCUCCCCCGAGCCAGAGGGUGGUGCUGGAGGCGGCGGCGGUGGUGGUGUUGGUAGUGUAGUAGAGAGGCUGGUCAGCGAGGAACAGCUGCGGCAGCACUGGGCGUACAGCUAUCCUGGCAUGGCGGCUCACAUGGCUGCCGCCGUUGCCGCUGCUGCCGCAGCCCAGCCCAAUGCCGGGCAGAUGUCGUCUCUCCAGGAAGGCCUGGCCAUCCACGGCAGCGACCCCUCGCCCAUCACGGCGCUCAUGAACGUGGCUGACAACGUAGGUGCAGCUGGGCAGUCGCCCAAAGACGCCCCUGGAGGCUCCAGCAUGUCCCACUCCUCUGCCUCCUCCUCCUCUGGUGCCAACUCAGCACUGCGGCAAAACAACGGCAGCCCCAUGGCGGCAUCGCCGGCCGGCCAGCGCCGGCUGGCAUCACGGAACGGGGAGCCCGGUGCGGCGGCGGGCAGCAGCUCCGGCUCUGCGGGGUCAGCCACCGGCGGCGCCAUGCCCUCAGAGCAGGCGGCGGGCACGGGUGGCGAGGCCUCGGGCGCCGGCGGAAGCAACACGCCCCUCUGCUGCACCAUCUGCCACGAGAGGCUGGAGGACACGCACUUCGUCCAGUGCCCCUCCGUGGCCGGGCACAAGUUCUGCUUCCCCUGCACUCGGGAUUUCAUCCGCAACCAGGGCUCUGGCAGCGAGGUGUACUGCCCCAGCGGCGAGAAGUGCCCCCUGGUGGGCUCCAACGUGCCCUGGGCCUUCAUGCAGGGGGAGAUCUCCACCAUCCUGGCUGGAGACGUGAAGGUUAAAAAGGAGAGAGACCCGUAAUGCUCUUCGCUGUGGACAGAGGGUCCAGCUUCUCCAUGGAACGAACUGCAGCCUUGAACCCCAAAGAUGCUGUGAGCGCACGGCAAUCAGCACUGAAGAGGUGCCGUCAAUCAAGCAGGUCUUCUUCCUCACAGCCAAUCACCCUUAAUCUUUCUCCCCCUCAGGGCGGGGUCAUGAUGCCCAAGCCCAAUCAGGUCUAGAGGAGACCGCAACCCGUGGUUUGCCCUCUUACCCAAACCCUUAUAUGCUCUUAUUGCCGCCCAAAAUGUCAAGUCUAUAUGUAAAAAUCUCUAAGUGAUUUCUAUCCUCAAAUAUUUAGGCAAAUUGUAUAGUAAUAGGCUGUAUGACAGUAUAUUAUAAUUUAACCUACUUGUAAUGUAGUCAGACCCAUUUCACAGAGCAGCCUGUGUCUUUCGACAACCAAAAAUCACACCUCAAGGACUGUCUUGUUUUAUUUUGAGAAUGAAUGCUGACAUCACUGAAUGUCCCUUACACCCAGACAGGCUUGGGUUGUGGGGAGAAAGCCUGCGCUUUGUAAACAAUAACAGACGUCGAGUCUAGGUGUGCUGUUAAGCAGUGUCACACUCGCGUCUCUACUCGUGUCCCUGCUGACUAAAGCCAACAUCGCAGGAAGAGAGGCUACCACAUGCUGGUAGGCUUCCAAUAAAUAAAUAAAAAAAAGAUUAAAAAAAAAAAAAUGCUUUUACCAUAUCCCAGCCACGCCUAUUUCAAAUCCAGCAUGUACGAUAUAAAUCUGUCUUUAUAUUUGAUAUACUGUAUGUAGAUUGUAAAAAAAAACGAAACAAAAACAAACAGCCCUUUCAAUGGUUCUAGAAGUGCAAUCUCUAGUUUUGAUACUUCAUACUGCUUUAAGUACCACUGAGUAUAUGAGUGAAUAGAAAACCAAAGAUAGAUUCUUGCAGAGAUCGGUGUAUAAUACAACGCUGUUGCGUAUAUUUUUGUGGUAAAAUAGCUUUUUAUUUCAUUAGAUAAACAGAGAAGUUUAUGGGAAUCACAUGCUUCAGUCCCCAUGGAGUGGACCCUGUAGACUGUAUGACGCUCACUCAAAUGAUUAUAUUUCUAUUACCCCUUUUGGCCGGUGAAGUUGAGAUCAACUGCAUAGGUGUGAUGUUUGGUGAAAUGUACAAAAAAAAAAAAAAAAAAAACUGCAGAUAUAGUGUAAACAUUGUUUUAAUUUUCUACAAUUCUACAAGGUCCAGAUAUAUUUUUAUUUCAACAGUAUGACAUGACUAAUGGCCUGCUUUCCGAGAAAGAAAGUUGCCAACGUUUUUGCUCUUGAAAUUUAGUUUGAAGACAUUUCUUGAGUGCUUUUUCAGUGUAAUGACUUUUAAACUAUCCUGUACUGUUAAAAUCUCUGCCCUGGAUAUAUGUUAUGGUAAUGUAUAUGUAAACAUGCCUACAUAAACACUUCAUUCUGUGUAAAAUGUUCAAUCUGCUUUUGUGUUAAGGUUUCCGAUUAUAUUUAAAUUAAAAAGUAUGACAGGCUUUUGACAAUCCUUCAAUAAAGACGGUCCAACGUC